AUGGACAGACCGAGGAAGCUCAACCACCGGCGGAACCUCAACCGCAGCUGGGAGGACAUGGAACAGAACUGUUUGGCUCAAGUGUUCAUCCGAGUCGGACUGGAGUCGCUCCUCCUUUUCAUCCCGUUCGUGUGCAAAUCCUGUGAUGAGCGGAGCUUCACUCUACAUCGAAAAGGACCUCAAGGUCACGGACACACAAAUCGAGAUCCUGUUGGGUAUUCUGGAAAGUCACUCUUUCAACUCCAAGCUGAGCGGAUUUUGUGUGUCCAAAGACUAGCUGCUCAAGCUACAAAUGAGGGUAACGCUGCUUCACUGCAAAUACAUUGGUAUAUCAUGACCAGCCCAUUUACUGAUGAAUCCACACGGAAAUUUUUUGAAAGUCAUAAAUACUUUGGUCUCGACACUGACCAGAUAACCUUCUUUCAGCAAGGAACCAUACUUUGUGUUUCAAAGGAUGGCAGAUUUAUCAUGGAAACUCCGUAUAGAGUAGCUAAGGCUCCAGAUGGGAAUGGAGGAGUAUAUUCAGCUUUAAAGUCAUCAAGAUUAUUAGAAGAUAUGGCUACAAGAGGAAUUAAAUACGUGGAUUGCUAUGGAGUUGACAAUGCACUGGUUCGUGUAGCUGAUCCAACGUUCUUAGGAUAUUUCAUUGAUAAAGGUGUUUCAGCUGCUGCAAAAGUUGUCCGUAAGGCAUACCCACAAGAAAAGGUUGGUGUGUUUGUACGUCGAGGAAAAGGAGGAUCUCUUACUGUGGUUGAAUACAGUGAGAUGGACUCAUCUCUGGCAUCCGCAAUCAAUCAAGAAACUGGACGUCUUCGUUUUUGUUGGAGUAAUGUGUGUUUGCACAUGUUCACCCUGUGAAUUUCCAAUCAAAUCCAAGAGCUCUGCUCCCCUUUUUCUGCAACAAAAGAACAUGAAGUCAGUAAGAGAGGUUAAGAGAAAGUGACGGAACACGACAAGGCACUUCUUCCUCUCCAUCCAUGCAGCUCCUCGCCUGUAAGGACCUCGAGCUCGUCAUUCUGGCCACCUUGAUCAAAAUCAACGAAGAGCUUCAUUGACCGCUGUCAAACGACUAGCCGGUCUUCAAACUCGACGCUUUGCACUACUUCAAGCUCUGGUUGCUUCUGCAUCUCCG